AUGUCACUGCUUGUUGCUUUAAUUAUUGGUACAGGUGAUGAAUUAGAAGAUGAAAUAGUUUAUCAGUUAGGAAAAAAAGGUAUAUAUGUAAUAUUUUGUUCCAACAAUGAAAAUAAAUUUGAACGAAUAAUAAAGAAAUUGAACGAUGAAGAUAUUGAACCUAAAUUUAUUAUACUUAAUACAGUCGAUCUUAAAACGAUUGACGAAGUAAUUGGAAAAAUCGAUGAACAGUUCGGAAAACUAGAUAUGUUAAUUAAUGUUGGAAUAUUACUGAAUAAUAAUCAAUUUAAAAUAAAUACCAUGUUAUGUGAAGGAUUUGAAACAAGAGAAUCUUUUGAUAUAUUGACUGUAUCACAGGCAUUUAUACCAUUGCUUCAGAAAUCUCCUUCUACCUGUAUAAUUAAUGUAUAUGAUGAAAUGAAUGACUAUGAUUCUGACGUGAAAUCAUGUACUAAAUUAUUGCAUCAUUAUUCUACAAGAUUUGAAUUUGGUAUAUUUAUGGAUAAAUUUUACACAGAAUUUCGUAAUACAAAUAUCAAGAUUAGUUCUAUUAUCCUUCGUGACAAUAAUAAUAUUCAAACUAUAGUAGAAGAAGCCGAUCGUAUUGUUCAUGCAGCAAUUUUACCUUUUAUUGCAUCUUCAAAAUCUAAGACGAUGCGUAUUCUUUAUGGCAUCGUCGGCGAGGGAAUGGGACAUGCAACACGAUCCAAAGUUACACUUGAAAUACUUAUGCAGGAACAACAUCAUGUUAAAGUCGUAGCCUUGAUCAUCGGUGGACAUGUUGUUAUAUCUUCAUUUUCAUUAUUAAGAUCACAAAAAUAUGAAGAUAAUGGUUCAUAA